UUGCGGCGGUGUAGGGCCGGGCCGGGCUGGGCCGUGCCGCGCUCGGGCAGACAUGGUGAGUGAAGGUCUGCUGUGCCCAGCCCGGCGCUCCCGAGGGCCCGCGGGCUGGGCCCGGCCUUGGUCAGAGACCGCUGGCUCCGCUCUCGGCCCCGCAGCCCCCGUGGCCAGCACCAUGGUGGCGGUCGGCCUGGCCAUAGCGGCAGCCGGAUUCGCAGGUCGCUAUGCAGUAAAAACUUUGAAACAUAUGGAGCCACAGGUAAAACAAGCCCUUCAAAACCUACCAAAACCUGCCUUCAGUGGUUAUUACAGAGGUGGAUUUGAACCCAAAAUGACUAAACGAGAAGCAGCUUUAAUACUAGGAGUGAGCCCUACAGCCAACAGAAAUAAAAUUAGAGAAGCUCAUAGACGGAUCAUGCUUCUGAAUCAUCCAGAUAAAGGUGGAUCUCCCUAUGUAGCAGCCAAAAUUAAUGAAGCUAAGGAUCUACUAGAAGACCAAGCUAAAAAAUGAAUGAAGAAGAAAAUCACUCAUUCAGAGGGUUUGUCCUUGCAAAUGAUUAUUUUUGAUAAAUGGCUUAAGAAAAGUUCUAAUGUUCUUUGACUUCAUUUAUAUUAAGCUGGAAAUACAAAUCCAGGGAGGUACUUCCCUCCCCACUUGGUCAAUUUGUUUUGGGUAUAGGGAGUGAAGCUUAAAGAUGUUUUUCAUAGCUGUUCUUUAUUAAACAGCAAAAUCUGCCACUCAAAUAUUUUGUGCUUGAGAGCAGUACCUUGGUGUGGCCAGUGUGUGUUACCAAGCACAGGCAGACUCCCAUGCUGUUUCCUAAUUUCUGUUGAGCUGGCCCUGUUUAAAGUUCACGCUGCUGCUCUUCCAUCUGCUAAAAUUAGCACACUGAACCUGUUUGGGAAGGGGGUGGAACAACCAAGAGGAUUUAUUGGAUGGGAGGAACUGGGAGAAAUGUGUGGUUGUCUCUGCCUGGAGAAAUAAAGUACAGGAAACAAUGCA